AUGUCACAUGUGAUCAAUCUAGCGGCACAAACAAUCCUAAGUCAUUUUAAAGCCGAGGCAACGGAAUUGGAGGCUGUAAUGGCGGAUUCAAAUAGUUGGGAGUACGAGUCUGACCUUUCUCCGGGUACGGUUUUGAAGAAAGUAAGACGGGUAGUGUCAAAGAUUCGUGCCUCAACAAAACUAUAUGAUGCCUUACAAGCCGAGGGAAUGAUUGAGAAUUUAAAGGUUUUGCGUCCAAUACUGGAUAUGCGCGUCAGGUGGAAUAGCACACAUGAUAUGAUCGGAAGAUUUCUUUAUCUGAAACCUGCCCUCCUAAGUCUCUUUGCCUUCUCCGAACACUAUGAACUUACACCUUUUAUUCUCAACAAAGAGGAAUGGGGUCUUUUGGAGGAAAUACACGGAGUAUUAGAAAUAUUUGUAAAUCCGACAAAACACCUAAGCGGUUCCAAAUAUUCAACCCUUCAACUUCAACUACCUUACUACAGUCUACUGCUAAAACAGCUCGGGAACUUUGUUCAUAUUGCGGACAGCGAUCCGGGUAGAAGCGACAUCAUAUCCUCCGCAUAUGACAGGGCGUGGGAGGUGUUGAACAGGUAUUGGUGCAAGACCGAUCAAGAUACAGCUUUGGCAAUAGCAAUGAUUCUCGAUCCCCGUUGCAAACCUGAUGGUUUAGAAAGACUCGGAUUUUCAGCACCAAUCCGUCGUCAAUCCAAAACACAUUUCCUCCGGAUCUAUAGGAAGCACUAUAGAGCGCCGGAGCCUACAGAUGAAAACCGUUCUCGACACCCGGAGGAGGACGGAGUACCUAACCCGCUGGCGGAACUAUUUGGUUAUGGCAGUACUGGCGGCUUCCAGGGCAAUUCAGCAGAGAAGGAGGAAACUGAUCGAUGGCUAAACGAGCCAGCUGAAGGCUGGCAAAAAGAACCCGCAGCUUGGUGGUCAUUAUAUGAUCACCGCUACCCAAAGGGCCUGUGUAGGAUGGCUCGAGAUUACUUGGCUGUCCCUGCUAGUAGUGUCCCAGCGGAGAGGCUGUUUUCUAGAGCUGGAGAUGUCGUGACACAAAAAAGAAAUAGAUUGCUUGAUACCGCUACUAAACACAUUCUUUUAGUCAAGAACUGGAUUGGGCAACCGGACUAUGAAUUAUGGGAGCUUACAGACGAGAAAAGAGCAGAAUAUGAUGAAGAUACAGACCUAGGUAGUGAUCAGGAGAUUUAG